AUGGCCCCAGGCUACUCUACAGCUAGCCUUGCGGUCGCGACAGGCCCUACAGUCGUUUCCACAUUCUUAUCCCACUUUGCAACAUGGCCCCAACGACACAAGCGGUCACGCCACGCCCAGAGUUCGAACGAGUCGCCGGUGUCCCUCGACACAUUGCCCGGGAACCAGCUACGGUACGAGGAAGGCCUGCGCGUUCUACGCCGCUUCCUAGAAUUCGCCAGUACCCACCCCGUUGAAGAGGUGCAGGGGUACACAGCGCAACCGUUGCCCAUUCCGCGUGAUUUGGAUCAGGCGGGAUAUCGUUACAAUCCCGAGGGUGUCAUUGAAAAGGCCGCCGAGAUUCUUGUGGAGCACCUGAAGAGCUACGGCAAGGAGUUUGGCGGCAUCAAGCUCGUCGGAGGUGAGAAGUGGUGGCGCGUGCGAGGACGUGAGCUCGAGGCUGAGUGGAUCGAGAUGGCCAAAGACUUCAAGACUCGCCAAACGCGCUCGAUUACAGACAGCUCCGACAAGGUUCGCUCAUGGCGACACCUUCCAUCGUUGCGGCGAGCUCCUCGGGGUAUUCGUGAUGGAGCUGGCGGCGAGGUGCAGGAAGAUCGGGUUAUUCUCUACGUCCAUGGCGGGGCGUUCUUCUUUUCAUCUCUCGAUUUACAUCGAUACCAGAUCCAACGACACGCACGCAAGGCAGGCGCCCGGGCGUUUGUCCCCAACUACCGUCUGUCACCACAGUACCCGUUCCCUUGCGGACUGUUGGACUGUCUUGCGGCCUAUCUCUACCUUAUCGACCCUCCUACAGGCGUCGACGCGAUCCUACCCUCCAACAUCAUUCUUAUGGGUGACUCGGCUGGCGGAGGCAUGUCGCUUUCGCUGCUGGUUCUGAUCCGCGAAAUGGGUCUCCCCAUGCCUGCGGCCGCGAGUCUCAUGUCCCCUUGGGUCGACCUCACGCACUCCAUGCCGAGCAUCAUGAAGUGGGAUGGCGGCGACUAUAUCCCCAGCGUCGGAUUCCACUACAGGCCUAGCCCUGCGUGGCCCCCACCACCUGGCGACUCGAUCACGGUGGAGAUAGACGGCAAGCAGAAGGUUCUGGAUGAGCAGAUCCAGCUGUAUUGUCCCAACACGCUCCUCACACACCCGCUCGUCUCGACCAUCAACAACGGUUCGCUUGGCGGCCUGUGUCCACUGUACAUUACGGGCGGAAGUGCCGAGCUACUCCGCGACGAGGUCACAUACAUUGCCCACAAAGCUGCCAACCCUCAACAGUACCCACCGUCGCCCGUCACGUUGGAAGAGUACCCCGAACAAGCCGCUUUGGUGGACAAGUACCCCCCCACACGGGUCCAUCUCCAGAUCUUUGAGGGUGCGUGCCACGUCGCAACCACUCUCGCAUGGACACGCAGCGCCAAGCACAUCUUCCGAGGAACAGCCAACUUCAACAUCUGGGCAUUCAAGGCAGCUGCCAAGGGUGCAGAGAUGAAAGCAGCAGCGGAGGCCAGACCAACGAAGCGUAGGGGGACGGCGCCAGACACCCUCCGCGUUAAGCCGCUCAAGGGGUGCAAAUCGGCUCCAGGCAGUGCGCCAAUGUCACCACUUUCACCCACGGCCGCUACCGGUGCAGCUAGCGCGCCAAUGUCACCGAUGCUCCUGCCCCUGGGAGACAGUGCAAUGUCUAGCCGCAACCCCUCUGUCCCCGACUUGACGGAGCCGGCCAUCAACUCGACCGCCGCGUCCAUGGUCAACGAGUCGCCCGCGACAGGCUCGGACGCCGACUACACGUCAGAAUCGUCAGAGUCGUCGGAGGCCGAGUUCAGUCACGCCCCUCUGGACAUCAUCAAGGUACGUGGUGUCGAGCCCCAGUUUCGCGGCCGUACCAUUGUUGCCGAACGCGUUUCCACCCACGGCAGGAUAUCCGCCUUUGAGCCCGACUCGCAAGUCCCUUCCCUCGACCCGUCGUUGCGUAACAAGAUCGGCCGUGUGGGCGGCAACGGUCCGAUCGGGACAUGGCUUGUAAGGCGCCACGAGUGGGAUACCAAGUACCACGCUCCCCUGCAACACUGGCGCGACAGUCACAUCGAGGACCGGGCGUACGCUGAGCGCGUGGGUUUCCUCACCCGCGACCUGCAGGGCGAGAAGCCUCCUCUCUCAGCCAUGGUGGGCAUCGCGGACCGCGAGAUGGCCCGAACCGUCGCAAUGACAGUGGACGAACCGGUGGCCAAGACCAGCACCGUGCUCGUGUUCUGGACCAAGCUGAACGAGGCGGCGGAUGCUGAUGCUGUCGACCGCGAGAAGGACCACCACCACCACCACCACAAGGACAAGACGCCCGGCCACGGCCACGGUCACCGAAGGAGGUCGAGCGCGUCCAAGCAGGACAAGGAUAAGCCAUCCAAGUCGUGGGGUGACCUGCGUAGAUCUAGCGUGAAAGAUGGCGAUGACAAGGACGGCAAGGCCGCCACCACCAGGGAAGGAAGGCGGAUGAGCUGGGAUUUCCGUCGUCUCUCCCUUCGCGGACACAAGAGGAGCACCAGUGAUGCGGUCACGUCUGGCUUGUCGGACAAGGAUGGACAGAGCAGCCCCCAAGAGCCACUGUCACCGACCAAGGCGGCCACGCCAAACAAGGCCCCCGACCUCGCCCCGAUAACCACUUCCAAGCCGUCGGCUCUCCGGGCAUCUGGUAGUACGACACCGGUUCCGACGUCACCGCUGCCCACGUCGCCGCUGGCCACUUCCCCGGUUAUCAAUGUGUCUGACGCUACAAUCCCCACACCGCUCGCGCUCGCGGUCCCCACUCCACCCGACACCCAGCCAGCCGCUGAAGAGGUCGUCGGACAAUAG